UCUGAACCCAUUUGCGCAGACAAGUGCACAUGCAGGUGAUUAGAAAUGUAUAAAUGCAUAAAAUAAUUUCUUAAAAAAUUACGAAAUUUAAUCUAUUUAUAACUGUUAUACUAUAACUUGUUUGAAAUAUUUGAUACGAUUUAGUACUACUAGUAUUUAAAACGUUGAAAUUUUGUUUCUGAAAUCUGAUUCCGAAGCAAAUUAUCAAUGGAAUCCACAAAGCUCUGGCAUGUCAUCUCCUUGUAUCUCUCAACCGCCCUCGUCAUUUUCCGCAACUUACUUCUUUACAUUCUCAACUUAAACCAGUCACCUCUCCUGACCAAAUUCAUGGAUGCAAUCUUAUCUUUUUAUUUUCGUUUAUGUGAUCUGUCUCCCUGCGCCAUUGAUUUGGAUGAGCAGACCACCAUCCAUUUCUGGGUCGCCAACCACCGGCGUUUUGACAAGCAAUCUCUUGUCAUGGUCCAUGGCUAUGGUGGCAAUUCACUCUGGCAGUUUCUUUAUCAAGUUGGUCCUCUGACUAGAAAAUUCAAUGUAUACAUCCCGGAUUUGUUGUUCUUUGGAAAAUCGUACUCGAAAAGCCUGGACAGAUCUGAUUUAUUCCAGGCUAAGUGCUUAUCAGAUGGGUUGAAGAGGCUGGGAGUUGAUAAGUUCUCUGUCUAUGCGAUCAGUUAUGGAGGAUUCGUGGCGUAUCGGAUGGCUGAGAUGUACGCUGAUGCGGUGGAGAAGGUUGUGAUCGUGAGCAGUGGGAUAUUGUAUACUGAUGAUCAAAGGGUAGAGCAGUUGAGGAAAAUUGGAAGGCAUCCCUCUGAGAUUCUUGUUCCGAAGAACCCAGAUGAUUUAAGGUUACUCGUCAAUCUGUCAAUGUACAAGCAGAAUUCUCUCUACUGGCUUCCUGAUUUUUUACUCCGAGAGUUCAUAACUAUGAUGUAUGAUCAUUGUCGGAAGGAAAAGAUUGAGCUGGCAAAGCACUUGGUGGAGAAGAAAGCAGAUACCAACCUUCCUGUUCUAACUCAGGAAACACUACUGAUUUGGGGGGAUCAGGACAAGAUUUUCCCAUUAGAACUUGCACAUCAGUUGCAAGGGCACUUGGGUUCAAAAUCAAGGUUGGAGAUAAUCAAGGAUACAGGGCAUGCUGCAAAUAUGGAGUCACCUGAUAAGAUCAAUAAGUUGGUAAUAUCAUUUGUUUCAGGUUGCUCAUCCUAGCAUGAUCAUCAAAUAACUAUGAUAAGCUUGUACUUCAAACAUAUUGAAUCAGUGAUCAGUAUCUUUUGCUUCUUUAUCUUUUUGAGCAAAUUGACAAUCAGAUGAAAUGUUGAUACUUGUAAAAAGGAAAAGUCCCCAAGCAAAGCACGUUAGUCUAAUCAUACAGCUUCAAGUCAUUUAUAACUCGCACAUGAGCAGGCGAGAAUGGCCUCAAAUUAAGAUUGGUAAGGGCCUAAGGAUUGGAAUUGAUGUGUUUUGGUCUUAAACAUGAAUUUAAAUCUCAAUUUGCUAACAUAAUUGCAGUGUUGUCCAUAUGAAAAUUGAUCGAACACUAGGAUAAUAACCGUCCUUCACACACAGUUUUUUACUUUACGAAUUCGCAUAGCAGGGAUUAUUAGAGAACAAGAAAAUCUAGAAGUGAUUUGAACUCUCCCCUACCUUGAUAUAUAGCUUCCACAACGAGCAAAAAGAUACCGGCUGGCAUUUCCACCACAUCCAACACACCGUAAUUGUCUUCAACUCUCAUCUCCCAAUUGCAAUGCUUGAGCUUCAUCUCUGGUAUCCUCUACUAACACUUCUCCCACAAACGCAUCUUCUCGCACCUUUCCUCUUUCCCUUCAUUCAUCUUUCCUUGUUUUGUUAAAGAUUUGGCUGCCUCUCCUUCCAUCACUCUUCUUUCUUCGCUCUCUCGCCUUUUAAAUGCUGCGUUUGUUGAGUCCAAAAACCUCCAUAUGUACUCCACUCUCCAUGGGAAUCCUGCAGCUAAAUCUCCACAGUUGCUGCAACUACAGUCCUUGUUGUUGUCCCUUACAAUCACCCCUUUUGGCUCUGAACUUCUCAGUACUUUCAAGAACUCCGUUCUUUUAUCAGGCCUGUUGUGAUUUAGAUGAAGUCUAAAUUAUUACGCACAAAAAAUUAAGGUCUCUCCAUGUGAGUUGUGAAUAAUUUGUGCAUUCAGGUUUUGUAAUGGAUGGUUCUCGAGUCUAUUGUAAAUUGAUGUUCAUGGAGUUGGCAAAACCUGGAAGUCGAGAAUAGAAUUUGUGACUUGGUGGACAAACACAAAAAAUGGUGUCUAUGAUUUUAUUAUUUACAGCAGUGGCUGGCUGCAACAACUGUGAUGCGAACCAGAAAGGAGGCUCUCCAGAACGGCUAGUCAAGACCUCAAGAAGAUACCCCAAUAUCAAGAAUAUGAAGAUUAGACUUCUUCUCCGGCUCUUGAGCAAGAAUUUGGAGUAUGGAAGCGUUUGCUAUGUUUGAUACAAGAAAUAACAGAAAGGGAUAGCCACCAAAGAUCAGAAAGUUUUACAUUAAGUUAUAAUAAUGUGUAUCAACAAAGAACUCUUCAUUAAAAGUCUGAAAAUAGAGAAAUCAUCAUUGACAUCCCAGAACACUAGUUGUAAUAAUACCAUAGGAAGUUUUAU